GCAUUUGCUAUAAGUUGAACAGUGGGCAAGGGCUGGAAUCCUAACAGCACCUACACAAAGCUAUUUAUAAUGCCAGACUAUACUUGGUUUGAAGGAAUACCUUUUCAUGCCUUUGGGAUUUCAAAAGAAACUUUGCAAAAUGUUUGUAAUAAGUUUGUGGUGAAAGACGAAGAUUUGAUUUUAUUGGCUUAUCCCAAGUCAGGAACGAACUGGCUGAUUGAAAUUGUCUGCUUGAUUCAGACCAAGGGAGAUCCCAAGUGGAUCCAAUCUGUGACCAUCUGGGAUCGCUCACCCUGGAUAGAGACUGAUGUAGGAUAUGAUAUAUUAAUCAAAAAGAAAGGACCACGACUCAUGACCUCCCAUCUUCCCAUGCAUCUUUUCUCCAAGUCUCUCUUCAGUUCCAAGGCCAAGGUGAUCUAUCUCGUCAGAAAUCCCAGAGAUGUUCUUGUUUCUGGUUAUUAUUUCUGGGGUAAUUCAACUCUUGCGAAGAAGCCAGACUCACUGGGAACUUAUGUUGAAUGGUUCCUCAAAGGAAAUGUUCUAUAUGGAUCAUGGUUUGAGCACAUCCGUGCCUGGCUGUCCAUGCAAGAAUGGGACAACUUCUUGUUACUGUACUAUGAAGACAUGAAAAAGGAUACAAUGGGAACCAUAAAGAAGAUAUGUGACUUCCUGGGGAAAAAAUUAGAGCCAGAUGAGCUGGAUUUGGUCCUCAAGUAUAGUUCCUUCCAAGUCAUGAAAGAAAAUGACAUGUCCAAUUAUAGCCUCCUGAUGAAAAAAUCAAUUUUUACUGGUAUUGGCCUCAUGAGGAAAGGUAAAGAAAUUGUCUAUCAUCAGAAUAUAUUAAAGAUUUGUUUUGCCAAUGAAUCUCUAAGAAAGUGUUGCAAAUGUACAGAGAAUCACUUCUCACCACUGAAAGCCUCUCCCAAAUAUUAAAGGUGAAUAUUUUUAUGGAGAAGAUGGGGGCAUCAAACACUGUGAAAAGUUGAUUUAUUCUGGGAGAUGACCUUAGGAUUGAAGAUAGUCAUGUUCAUUAACUUCAGUGAAAAAAAAUAUGAAAGUAAUCAUGUUUACAUUAGGUAUUGUAAAGUCCCUGUAUCAUAAUCCUAAACUCUAAAAUAUAAAAAUUACAAUGAAGGAGACCAAAUAUAUCUAAGAUGACAACCACAGAACCACAAAAAUUGCAUUAACACCUGGAAAAGAUAUUGAACAGUUCAAUAGUGCUGCCAUAGAGUAGGGCAGAGUAGACAAGAAAAGGACUAAGAAAAUUCUCUAGGGUUAAAACCUGAUGGUAUUAAUUUAUAUGUAUGACUGCUCUGUUUGUGCCAGAAGAGGGCAUGAAAUUUCAUUACAGAUGGUUGUGAGCCAUCAUGUGGUGACUGGGAAUUGAACUAAGGAACUCAAGGAGAGUAGUCAGUGCUGAUAACACCUGAACCAUCUCAACAUCCCCUUUCUUAAAAUAAAUGGAGUGAAACUUGAAUCAAUGUCAGUAAGUUUAGGGAAUAGGAAAGGCUGCACAAUCCAUCCCUACCUACUAAAUACAGUUCCUAACUAGAGUGAUUAGACAACAAAAAAUGGUCAAAGGAAUACAAGUUGGAAAGGAAGAAGUUAAACUAUUACUAUUUGCAGAUGAUAUGCUGGUAUACUUAAGUGACAGCAAAAAUUCCACCACAGAAUUCCUAAACCUGAUAAACAACUACAAAAAAGGGACUGGAUAAAAAAAAUUAACUCAAAUAAAGAAGUACCCUUUCUCUAUUGAAAUGGUAAACAGGCAGAGAAAGAAGGUAGGAAAAUAACACCAUUUUCAAUAGUCACAAGCAAUAUAAAAUAUCUUGGUGUGAAUCUAUAGAACAAGAACUUCAAGUCUGUGAAAAAGAAAAUUGAAUAUCUCAAAAGAGGGAAAGUUCUGCCAUGUUCAUGGAUUGGCAGAAUAAAUAUAAUAAAAAUGGCUAUCUUGCAGAAAGACUCUACACAUUCAAUGCAAUCCCCAUGAAAAUUCUAACUCUAUUCUUCAAAGCAUUAGAAAGAUCCAUUUUCAAAAUCAUUCGGAAUAAUAAAACCAGGAUAGGAAAAACUAUUCUCAACAAUAAAAGACCAUCUGGUGGAAUCAACAUCCCUGUCCUCAAAAUUUACUACAGAACAAUCAUGAUAAAAACUGAAUUGUAUUAGAACAAAGACAGAUAUGUAGGGCAUGAAAUAUAAUUGGAGAUGCAGAAAUGAACCCACACAACUAUUGUCACUUUAUCUUUGACAAAGGAACUGAAACCCUCAGGUGGAAAAAUGACAGCAUUUUCAACAAAUGGUGCUAGUUUAACUGGAGAUCAGAAUAUACAAGAAUGCAAAUCAAUCCAUUCUUACAUUCUUGUACAAAGCUUAAGCCCAAGUGGAUGAAGGACAUACACAUAAAAUCAGAUACACUGAAACUAACUGAAAAGAAAGUGAGGAAACCCUCAAACACUUGGGCAAAGGAAGAAAUUUCCUGAACAUUACACCAAUAGCUUAUGCUCUGAGAUCAAGAGUCAACAAAUGGGACCUCAUAAAAUUGCAUAUAUUCUGUAAGGAAAAGAGCACUGUCAAUAGGACAAAGAGGUAACCAAUAAAUUGGGAAAAGAUCUUUACCAAUCCUACAUCUGAUAGAGGGCUAAUAUCUAAUAUAUACAAAGAACUCAAAAAGUUAGACUCCAAAGAAUCAAAUACCUAUUAAAAAUGGGGUACAGGGCUAAGCCAAGAAUUCUUAGCUGAAGAAUAUUGAAUGGCCAUGAAACAACUAAAGAAAUCUACAAUAUCCUUUGCCAUCAGGGAAAUGCAAAUCAAAACAACCCUGAGAUACCACCUCACACUACUCAGGAUGGCUAAGAUCAAAAUCUCAUGUGAGAGUACAUGCUGGUAAGGAUGUGGAGAAAUAGGAACACUCCACCAUUGUUGGUGGGAGUGCAAGCUGGUACAAGCACUCUGGAAAUCAAUCUGGUGGUUCCUCAGAAAAUUGGACAUAGUACUAACUGAAGACCCAGUUAUACCACUCCUGGGCAUAUACCUAAAAGAUGUUCCAAUAUAUAACAAGAAGACAUUCUCCACUAUGUUCAUAGCAGCCUUAUUUAUAAUAGCCAGAAGCUAGAAAGAACCAAGAUGUCCUUGAACAGAGAAAUGGAUACGGAAAAUGUGGUAUACUUAUGUAAUGGAGUAUUACUCAGCAUAUUAAAAAGUGACUUCAUGAAAUUCUUAGGCAAAUGGAUGGAUCUAGAAAAUAUCUUCGUGAGUGAGGUAACCCAAUCACAAAAAACACAUAUGAUGCACACCCACUAAUAAGUUUAUAUAAGCCAAAAAGAUCAGAAUAACAAUGAUAUAAUUCAAAGACCAUAUGAAGCUAUAGAAGAAGGAAGACCUAAGUGUGUCUUAUCCAGUCCUUGACAGAAGGGGGAACAUAGUACUCAACAAGAGGAAACAUGAAGUCAAGUUGUGGAGCAGGUACUGAAGGAAAGUCCAGCAAGUGUCUGCCCCACCUGGGGAUCCAUCCCAUUUAUAGUCAUCAAACCUAGACAUUAUUGCUAAUGCCAAGAAGUGCUGGCUGAAAGGAGCCAGAUAUAGCUGUCUCCUGAGAGCCUCUGCCAGAGCCUGACAAAUACAGAGGCAGAUUCUGACACCCAACCAUUGGACUGCAAACAGGGUACUCAACUAAGGAGUUAGACAAAUAAUUGAACAAGCAGAACAGGCUUGUCACUCCAUAGUAAGAACAACAAUAUCAACCAUGCAGAGCUGCCAGGUACUAAACCACCAAAGAUUACACAUGGAAUGACCCAUGACUCGAGAGGCAUAUCAAGCAGAGGAUGGCCUUGUUGAGCAACAAUGGCAGGAGAGGCCCUUGGUUUUGUGAAGGCUCAAAGCCCUAUUGUAGGGGAAUGUCAAUGCUGGGAGUCAUGAUUUGGUUAGAGGGUGGAGAGGCACCCUCAGACGGGCAAGAGUAGCAGGUAAUGGGUUAUGGGGUUUCUGGAAUGAAAACUGUGAAUGGGAACUACAUUUGAAAUGUAAAAAGAAAAUAUCCAAUAAAAAUCUGACAGCAUUUGUCAACCUAUGUUUGAUUACUUUAUGUUCAUUACCCUUUUCUUUUUUUGAAUUGUCUCUCCUGGAUGGGGAAUUUCAACUCUCUUUAUGUCUCUGCCAUCUCUGUAUUCUGGGAGAAUAUUGUGUGUGUCAUUUCAUAGUUGUUCAGGUAAGGUAUGACUUUGCCAGAAUGAAUCAGACCUUGAGACUUACCCAGACUUGAUUAGGUAGUGAUAGAUGACAUGAAACUCAGAGUAGAAGAAAAAGGGUGCCAGUAAUCAGAUAUUUAACAAUGAAUAUGAACAUCAGCAUAAGCAAAGGAAGUAAGAGUUAUGGAUUUCAUUUUUCCCAUAAUUUAAAUGCAUCAGCCUUUACUGUCACUCCUUUUCUGUUCCAGCAUGAGAUUUGGCUACUAGCAAUAUAAGGAUAUCAGGAUUUUUCAUAGACAAAAUGAAAUCAAGUACUUACCUUAUUGUAUUUAAUCUGAUACACUUAUAGCCCCAUGUUAGGAAAUUCUGACUCAAAAUUAAGCAUGAUAUCUCACCACUCACUACAAGAGAAUGGGUAUCUAUACAGUAAAGAUUAAGGCCUCUGUAAGAAUACACUGGUGUUGCCAUAUGACUUCAUACCUCUGCACUCCAGUCAGUGGAGACAUAUUUCUCUGUACUAGAACUGAAGGUUUGACCUAAAAGAAGUAGUCUGUUCUUACGUUUCCUACAAUGAAUCAGAAUUUGGCAGAGGUAAAACAGUAUAUGAACAUACAAUUAUGUAAUUAAAUACCUAUAAAAUCAAGAAGCUCUGCUAAUAUCAAAGGGAUAAGGAAACUAACAAGCAUAUGCUUUAGCAGAGACACAUCAGAGGAGAUGGACGAGAAUUUAAGACAAAAUUCUAUAAGGACAAUUAUUAUUUCUUCUUUUCCAGGAAGUUUCUUCUAGGAUGAGACCACACAUGGAUUUAAUCUCUUCCAAAUGUACAUAAUAUUUGUCAUGCGGGAUAGAUUAUAGGAACAAUACAUACAUACAUACAUACAUACAUGCAUGCAUGCAUAAAAUCAGUAAUUAUAAUACAGUUCUGACAAAACACUUGUUCAAACUUCAUAAUAUUUUUUGUAUUUUAAUUUUCCUAGUGAUUAUUGUUAGAUAUUUUUGCAUUUGAAAACAACUAUUAUUUGGGAGGAUUCUUUUUCUUUUUUUUUUAAUUCACGUUAGGGAAUGCUUUAAUUUUACUAACCACUCCACAGAUGACCUCAUUAUCAAAUAAGAAAACAGUCACAGAGAAGUAAGUUAACCAGUAUUCUCUCACAUAAGAAACACAUCACAACUACGGAAUGGCACCCCAAUCUUUUGCAUUUGCUAUGCCUUUUUUUCAUUUUUUUAUUAACUUGAGUAUUUCUUAUUUACAUUUCGAAUGUUAUUCCCUUUCCCGGUUUCCGGGCCAACAUCCCCCUAACCCCUCCCCCUCCCCUUCUUUAUGUGUGUUCCCCUCCCCAUCCCCCCCCAUUACCGCCCUCCCCGCAACAAUCACGUUCACUGGGGGUUCAGUCUUAGCAGGACCAAGGCCUUCCCCUUCCACUGGUGAUCUUACUAGGCUAUUCAUUGCUACCUAUGAGGUCAGAGUCCAGGGUCAGUCUGUGUAUAGUCUUUGGGUAGUGGCUUAGUCCCUGGAAGCUCUGGUUGCUUGGCAUUGUUGUUCAUAUGGGGUCUUGAGCCCCUUCAAGCUCUUCCAGUUCUUUCUCUGAUUCCUUCAACGGGGGUCCCAUUCUCAGUUCAGUGGUUUGCUGCUGGCAUUCGCCAAUGUAUUUUCUGUAUUCUGGCUGUUUCUCUCAGGAGAGAUCUACAUCCGGCUCCUGUCGGCCUGCACUUCUUUGCUUCAUCCAUCUUGUCUAAUUGGGUGGCUGUAUAUGUAUGGGCCACAUGUGGUACAGGCUCUGAAUGGGUGUUCCUUCUGUCUCUGUUUUAAUCUUUGCCUCUCUAUUCCUUGCCAAGGGUAUUCUUGUUCCCCUUUUAAAGAAGGAGUGAAGCAUUCACAUUUUGAUCAUCUGUCUUGAGUUUCAUGUGUUGUAUGCAUCUAGGGUAAUUAAAGCAUUUGGGCUAAUAACCACUUAUCAAUGAGUGCAUACCAUGUGAGUUUCUCUGUGAUUGGGUUACCUCAUUCAGGAUGAUAUUUUCCAGUUCCAACCAUUUGCCUAUGAAUUUCAUAAAGGCACUGUUUUUGUUAGCUGAGUAAUAUUCCAUUGUGUAGAUGUACCACAUUUUUUUGUAUCCAUUAUUCUGUUGAAGGACUUCUGGGUUCUUUCCAGCUUCUGGCUAUUAUAAAUAAGGCUGCUAUGAACAUAGUGGAGCACGUGUCUUUUUUAUAUGUUGGGGCAUCUUUUGGGUAUAUGCCCAAGAGAGGUAUAGCUCGGUCCUCAGGUAGUUCAAUGUCCAAUAUUCUGAGGGACCUCCAGACUGAUUUCCAGAAUGGUUGUACCAGUCUGCAAUCCCACCAAAAAUGGAGGAGUGUUCCUCUUUCUCCAUAUCCUCUCCAGCAUUUGCUGUCACCUGAGUUUUUGAUCUUAGCCAUUCUCACUGGUGUGAGGUGAAAUCUCAGGGUUGUUUUGAUUUGCAUUUCCCUUAUUACUAAAGAUUUUGAACAUUUCUUUAGGUAGUUCUCAGUCAUUUGGCAUUCCUCAGCUGUGAAUUCUUUGUUUAGCUCUGAACCCCAUUUUUAAUAGGGUUAUUUGUCUCCCUGCGGUCUAACUUCUUGAGUUCUUUGUAUAUUUUGGAUAUAAGGCCUCUAUCAGUUGUAGGAUUGGUAAAGAUCUUUUCCCAAUCUGUUGGUUGCCGUUUUGUCCUAACCACAGUGUCCUUUGCCUUACAGAAGCUUUGCAGUUUUAUGAGAUCCCAUUUUCGAUUCUUGAUCUUAGAGCAUAAGCCAUUGGUGUUUUGUUCAGGAAAUUUUUUUCCAGUGCCCAUGUGUUUCAGAUGCUUCCCUAGUUUUUCUUCUAUUAGUUUAGUAUAUCUGGUUUGAUGUGGAGGUCCUUGAUCCACUUGGACUUAAGCUUUGUACAGGGUGAUAAGCAUGGAUCGAUCUGCCUUCUUCUGCAUGUUGACCUCCAGUCGAACCAGCACCAUUUGCUGAAAAUGCUAUCUUUUUUCCAUUGGAUGGUUUUGGCUCCUUUGUCAAAAUCAAGUGACCAGAGGUGUGUGGGUUCAUUACUGGGUCUUCAAUUCUAUUCCAUUGGUCUAUCUUUCUGUCUCUGUACCAAUACCAUGCAGUUUUUUUAUCACUAUUUCUCUGUAAUACUGCUUGAGUUCAGGGAUAGUGAUUCCCCCUGAAGUCCUUUUAUUUUUGAGGGUAGUUUUAGCUAGCCUGGGUUUUUUGUUAUUCCAGAUGAAUUUGCUAAUUGUUCUGUCUAACUCUUUGAAGAAUUGGAUUGGUAUUUUGAUGGUGAUUGCAUUGAAUCUGUACAUUGCUUUUGAUAAAAUGGCCAUUUUUACUAUAUUAAUCCUGCCGAUCCAUGAGCAUGGGAGAUCUUUCCAUCUUCUGAGUUCUUCUUCAAUUUCUUUCUUCAGAGUCUUGAAGUUCAUAUAGUACAGAUCUUUUACUUGCUUGGUUAAAGUCACAACGAGGUACUUUAUAUUAUUUGGGACUGUUAUGAAGGGUGUCGUUUCCCUAAUUUCUUUCGAGGCUUGUUUCUCUUUUGUGUAGAGGAAGGCUACUGAGUUAUUUGACUUAAUUUUAUACCCAGCUACUUUGCGUGAAUUUGUUUAUCAGUUUUAGUAGUUCUCUGGAGGAACUUUUGGCAUCACUUAAAUAUACUAUCAUAUCAAAUGCAAAUAGUGAUAUUUUGACUUCUUCUUUUCCAAUCUGUAUCCCCUUGAUCUCCUUUUGUUGUCUGAUUGCUCUGGCUAGAACUUCAAGAACUAUAUUGAAUAAGUAGGAAGAGUGUGGGCAGCCUUGUCUAGUCCCUGAUUUUAGUGGGAUUGCUUCAAAUUUCUCUCCAUUUAGUUUAAUGUUAGCAACUGGUUUGCUGUAUAUGGCUUUUACUAUGUUUAGGUAUGGGCCUUGUAUUCCUAUUCUUUCCAGGAUUUUUAGCAUGAAGCGGUGUUGAAUUUUGUCAAAUGCUUUCUCAGCAUCUAAUGAAAUGAUCAUGUGGUUUUGUUCUUUCAGUUUAUUUAUAUAAUGGAUCACGUUGAUGGUUUUCCAUAUAUUAAACCAUCCCUGCAUGCCUGAGAUGAAGCCUACUUGAUCAUGGUGGAUGAUUGUUUUGAUGUGCUCUUGGAUUCGGUUUCCCAGAAUUUUGUUGAGUAUUUUUGCGUCGAUAUUCAUAAGGGAAAUUGGUCUGCAGUUCUCUUUCAUUGUUGGGUCUUUGUGUUUGGGUUUAGGUAUAAGAGCAAUUGUGGCUUCAUAGAAGGAAUUCGGUAGUGCUCCAUCCGUUUCAAUUUUGUGGAAUAGUUUGGAUAGUAUUGGUAUGAAUCCUUCUAUGAAGGUGUGAUAGAAUUCUGCAGUAAACCAGUCUGGACCUGGGCUCUUUUUGGUUGGGAGACUUUUAAUGACUGCUUCUAAUUCGUUAGGAGUUAUCGGGUUGUUUAAAUGAUUUAUCUGUUCCUGAUUAACUUCAGUACCUGGUAUCUGUCUAGGAAAAUGUCCAUUUCCUCCAGAUUUUCAAGUUUUUUUGAAUAUAGGCUUUUAUAGUGAUCUUUGAAUUUCCUCUGAUUCUGUAGUUAUGUCUCCCUUUUCAUUUCUGAUUUUGUUAAUUUGGACGCACUCUCUGUGUCCUCUCGUUAGUCUGGCUAAGGGUUUAUCUAUCUUGUUGAUUUUCUCAAAGUACCAACUUUUGGUUCUGUUGAUUUUUUCUAUGGUCCUUUUUGUUUCUACUUGGUUGAUUUCAGCUCUAAGUUUGAUUAUUUCCUGCCUUCUACUUCUCCUGGGUGUAUUUGCUCCUUUUUGUUCUAAAGCUUUUAGGUGUGCUGUGAAGCUGCUGACAUAUGGUCUCUCCUGUUUCUUUCUGCAGCCACUCAGCGCUAUGAGUUUUCCUCUUAGCACAGCUUUCAUUGUGUCCCAUAAGUUUGGGUGUGUUGUACCUACAUUUUCAUUAAAUUCUAAGAAGUCUUUAAUUUCUUUCUUUAUUUCUUCCUUGACCAGUUAUCUUUGAGUAGAGCAUUGUUCAACUUCCACGUAUAUGUGGGUGUUCUUCCCUUAUUGUUAUUGAAGACCAGGUUUAACCCGUGGUGGUCUGAUAGCACUCAUGGGAUUAUUUCUAUCUUUCUGUACCUGUUAAGGCCCGGUUUUUUUUUUUUUUUUACCAAUUAUAUGGUCAAUUUUGGAGAAAGUACCAUGAGGUGCUGAGAAGAAUAUAUAUCCUUUUGCUUAGGAUAGAAUGUUCUAUAAAUAUCUGUUAAGUCCAUUUGGUUCAUGACUUCUCUUAGUCUGUCUACGUCUCUGUUUAUUUUCUGUUUCCAUGACCUGUCCGAUGAUGAGAGUGGGGUGUUGAAAUCUCCUACUAUUAUUGUGUGAGGUGCAAGGUGUGUUUUGAGCUUUAGUAAGGUUUCUUUUACGUAUGUAGGUGCUCUCGUAUUUGGGGCAUAGAUAUUUAGGACUGAGAGUUUAUCUUGGUUGAUUUUUCCUUUGAUGAAUAUGAAGUGUCCUUCCUUAUCUUUUUUGAUGACUUUUAGGUAAAAAUUGAUUUUAUUUGAUAUUAGAAUUGCUACUCCAGCUUGCUUCUUCCGACCAUUUGCUUAGAAAUUAGUUUUCCAGCCUUUCACUCUGAGGUAGUGUCUGUUUUUGUCUCUGAGGUGUGUUUCCUGUAGGCAGCAGAAUGCAGGGUCCUCAUUGCGUAUCCAGUUUGUUAAUCUAUGUCUUUGUAUUGUGAAGUUGAGACCAUUGAUAUUGAGAGAUAUUAAGGAAUAGUGAUUAUUGCUUCCUGUUAUAUUCAUAUUGGUAUGUGAGGUUAUGUUUGUGUGCUUUUCUUCUAUCUUUUUUUUUUGUUGCUAAGACGAUUAGUUUCUUGCUUUUUCUAGGGUGUUGCUUGCCUCCUUAUGUUGGGCUUUACCACUCAUUAUCCUUUGUAGUACUGGAUUUGUAGAAAGAUACUUUGUAAAUUCGGUUUUGUCAUGGAAUAUCUUGGUUUCUCCAUCUAUUUCAAUUGAGAAUUUUGCAGAAUACAGUAACCUGGGCUGGCAUUUGUGUUCUCUUAGGGUCUGUAUGACAUCUGUCCAGGAUCUUCUGGCUUUCAUAGUCUCUGGCCCAAAGUCUUGUGUGAUUCUGAUAGGUCUGACUUCAUAUGUUACUUUACCUUUUUCCCUUACUGCUUUUAAUAUUCUUUCUUUAUUUUGUGCAUUUGGUGUUUUGACUAUUAUGUGACAGGAGGAUUUUCUUUUCUGGUCCAAUCUAUUUGGAGUUCUGUAGGCUACUUGUAUGCUUAUGGGCAUCUCUUUCUUUAGGUUAGGGAAGUUUCCUUCUAUGAUUUUGUUGAAUAUAUUUACUGAUCCUUUGAGCUGGGAGUCUUCAGUCUCCUCUAUUCCUAUUAUCCUUAGGUUUGAUCUUCUCAUUGAGUCCUAGAUUUCCUGUAUGUUUUGGAUCAGUAGCCUUUUCUGCUUUACAUUAUCUUUGACAGUUGUGUCAUUGAUUUCUAUGGAAUCUUCUGCUUCUGAGAUUCCCUUUUCUAUCUCUUGUAUUCUGUUGGUGAUGCUUGUAUUUACAGCUCCUUGUCUCUUCCUUUACUUUUCUAUAUCCAGGGUUGUUUCCCUUUGUGAUUUCUUUAUUGCUUCUAUUUCCAUUUUUAAUUCGUUCAACUGUUUGAUUGUGUUUUCCUGGAAUUCUUUCAGGGAUUUUGUGAUUCCUCUCUAUAGGCUUCUACUUGUUUACUUAUGUUUUUCUGCGUUUCUCUAAGGGAGUUCUUCAUGUCUUUCUUGAAGUCCUCUAGCAUCAUGAUCAAAUAUGAUUUUGAAUCUAGAUCUUGCUUUUCUGGUGUGUUUGUAUAUUCAGUGUUUGAUUUGUUGGGAAAAUUGGCCUCUGAUGAUGCCAUGUAGUCUCGGUUUCUGUUGCUUGAGUUCCUGUGCUUGCCUCUCGCUAUCAGAUUAUCUCUGGUGUUACUUUGUUCUGCUAUUUCUGACAUUGGUUAGACUGUCCUAUAAGCCUGUGUGUCAGGAGUGCUGUAGACCUGUUUUCCUGUUUUCUUUCAGCAAGUUAUUGAAACAGAGUGUUCUGCUUUCGGGCAUGUAAUUUUUCCUAUCUACAUGUCUUUGGCUGUUCCUCUGGGCCUGUGUCCUGAGUUCACCAGGCAGGUCACUUGGAGCAGAAAAGUUGGUCUUAACUGUGGUCCCGAGGCUCAAGUUUGCUCUUGGGGUGUUGCUUAUGAGCUCUCUGUGAGGGCAGCAACCAGGAGGAUCUGGGCCACCCUUUUCGGGAGCCCCUGUGCACCAGGGUCCCAGAUGGCGUUUGGUGUUUUCCUCUGGAGUCAGAAAUGUGGGCAGAGUGUUGUCUCUUCUGGCUUCCCAGGCAUGUCUGCCUCUCUGAAGGUUUAGCUCUCCCUCCCAUAGUAUUUGGGUGUAGCGAAAUGUUUAUCUGGUUGGUCCCUUCAGUUUCCGGUGGUGUCUCAGGUACAGGGGACCUGCUGCUCCCGUGCUCUUAUGUCGGGAUUAUCUUUCUUAAAAGAGUGUGAUGCAUAUCUAGUAAGCCAUGAACCUGGAAACCAUUUUACUAAUUGGGGAUACCAAAUUCACUACCAACCUGCUUCACUACCUUAUUAUAGUGGAAAAUGAAAUGGAUAUGACUGGAAACAAUUUUGAAAGGAAAGAGUAUGUAAACAUAAUAUUUGUCUUCACAAUUCCUAUACCAGAUUGGUAUCAUUUUUGAAUCAUCCAAGUAUGAGCAAAUCAAAUAUUAAUUCUAAACCCAAUUUCAUUAUUUACCAUUAGAUAACCUAAUUCCCUAAAUCAUAAAUCAUUAAAAUGCUUUAUUAAAUAUUAGACUUGCCUUAGCUUGAAAGAAUUCACUAGGCCAAUUUCCCCGUAUCCUUUAAUUCUUCUUCUUGAGACACAAGUAAAAUAUAUUUUAUUGCCUGUAGAGGACUGCGUUGUCUGCCUUAUUCAGUAGGCUCUUUCAUUCAAGCUGAUGAGAUGAGUCUGGUUUUAGCCUCCAAACAGUACUUUUCCAUAUGCAAUUGUAGUCUCUGUGAUUUCAUAAUUAUAUACUGCAGGAAAUGCAGAUUAGAGAUAUGUUCACCAUGAUUGAAACCCUGUUGGUUUGACAAGACUUUUGUAAAGGCAAUGACAUAAUCGGGACAUGUGUAAGAAGUAUCUUCUGGUAAACCUCAAAAGUCCCAGCCCUUAUUACUUUACAGUGCAUGUUAUUCUAGAAAGUACUAGGGCUAUUAAUCGUUUUCACUUGUAUCUUCAGAAGAUCUUAAUCAGAGACAGAAAGGGAAGAUGACCUACAGCGAGAGAAAGAAGCUUGCCAUGUGCAGGUCAAAAAGAAAAGCCUACAAUGGUCUGAACAAAUCACCAUGAUAUGAGAUCUGCAGCCUCCAGAACUAUGAGGAAGUUCCUUUUCAACAAGAAUUAAGCUACCAUAUGUUUGGCUUACCCUGCCAUCUGAGGCACACAGUUUGGUGGAGAUUUUUAGAAAAAUUAAUGAAAAUAACUGUCCAUCUGUAAGUAACAGAGGAUUUUGACAUAGGUGGACUUAGAACUCCAUGUGCGUACCUCCAAAGAUGUGGUUUUCUCAGAUAGACUCUUUUAUUCUAUUGUGAAACCAAAUAAAAUUUAUUGAGUUGAUUUGUUGAGAUGUUGUAGUCCAGCAUCUAUCUGGUUUGGCUUAUCAGGAUCCAGACAUGCUAUGGAAAUCAAUAAGGAAACAUGGUCUAAUAAUGAAUAAUGUAAGAAACCUGAGAGUAGCAAUGGAUACUGAUGGGACUCCAUCUAAUCAGAAGACAUUUUACAUUCAUAUUAGUUAAUGGUAUAUUGUUUGAAUAUGCUGCAUUAGUGAUUUACAUUUUAAUGAAUUCUUAAUAUGUUCUUUAAUACAGCCCACAGGGGAAUUAAAAUUAACUUAUGUGAUACUAAAGAAAGAAAGUAAUGUGUUGAAAAAAAGCAUGACUUCUCCUGUCAAUCUUUUUAGAUUCAAUUCCACAUCCAUCACUAUCACACUGGGUAAAAUCUCAAAGACUAAUUUUUCCUCAUCAUCAAAGUUUGAGAACUGCCUAUGCCUUUCUCUCACAUUCAUGAAUUCAUUAAAAAAUUCCACCCUAGGGUUGGGGAUUUAGCUCAGCGGUAGAGCGCUUGCCUAACAAGUGCAAGGCCCUGGGUUUGGUCCCCAGCUCCAAAAAAAAGAAAAUCCACCCUAGUAUGUCCUAUAUGUCUGGCAUUUUUUUUGUGAAAUGAACCAUUUAGUAAUUUAAGAUACACUUGGUUUUGAAAUAUAUUAGAUACAUAUUCUGUGUAUAUAUUUAAAGCAGAAAUGCAUGGAACACAUCACAGUGCCAAAGCCAGGAAAUACAGAAAGGAUGGGGGCUGCUGGGUUGUAAAUAGAUGAAAGAUGGUAUGAGAAUUUUACCACUUCAUUAAUAAGGAACAAGAUGCAAUUAUAUGAAAGAUUUUAUGCCUCUGGGGUAAAGAAAGACACAACACAGCAUGGCCAGUUGGACAAUCUCUAAUGCUAACUCUAAAGACCUUCUGUAAUGGAGUGUUGAAAACCAAUGUGUGGUCAGAAAAGACAGUGCUACAAAGGUUUGGGGCUGAAAUUAUGUAGAUAUUCAUGCAUCACAAAACAACAUGGCUGAGUGAAACAGAAGUCCUGCAAUGUUGUCAGUUGGGAGUGGCUGGGUCACCUGUAUCUUGUGGGAAAAUCAAGACAGCUGAAAUCCUGCUCAUAACUAUAUAUGCAGCUCUCAUGUGAACUCUCUCUCUCUCUCUCUCUCUCUCUCUCUCUCUCUCUCUCUCUCUCUCUCACACACACACACACGCACACACA